UAUUUAGCACACAGAGUCGGGGGAGUGCUGACGGUGCAACAACCACGGAUAGUGUAAACAAACCAUUCAAACCGGCUGUCCACUGUAAACUACAUAAAUUUUAAUUAAUUCGUGUUUUAAAUACACACAGCUUGUUAAUUAGCAUGAUGUGUUUUUAACGGCGGGACUGAAAAGCAGGUUGCACAUCGCCUUUGAAGAUGGUGUACCAUAUUCCCUGGAUCUACACACCAGUGCGGAGUAUCCUGGCAAUCUGGCACCAGUUUACCAAAACCGAGAUCCCAGAGCUGGCCAAGUGCUCGGUGCUGAUGAGGGAGCGCAGCAGAGUGGAGGAGACAAUCUAUGCCAUGCAGCGAGCGGGCGCAGGCAGCCUGCAUGUUAUUUCUGACUUCGACAUGACGCUGACCAGAUUCGCCCACAACGGAAAGAGAGUGCCCACCACCCACAACAUCCUGGACAACCGGUUGUUGAUUAAUGAAGACUGCACCAAAAAGAUGAGGCAGCUGUUAAACACCUACUAUCCCAUAGAAAUUGAUGCUAGUCGGACUGCUGAAGAGAAGCUGCCUCUCAUGGUGGAAUGGUGGACUAAAGUACAUGAACUCCUCAUUCAGCAGAGGAUCAGGAAGGACAUGCUAGCUCAGGCUGUCAAGGAAUCCAGCGCUAUGCUCAGGGAGGGCCACAAAGUGUUUUUUGACCGUCUGGCUGAGCACCAGGUCCCUCUGUUGAUCUUCUCAGCCGGUGUUGGAGACGUCCUGGAGGAGGUGAUCCGACAAAACCAGGUCUUCCAUCCUAAUGUGCAUGUCAUCUCCAACUACAUGGACUUUGACCACACUGGGGUCCUGCGAGCCUUUAAAGGCCAACUGAUCCACACCUUCAACAAGCGGGAGGGAGCUCUGUCACAUGCAGCUCGCCUCACAGAGCUGCAGGGUCGACCCAACGUGCUGCUGCUGGGAGACUCUUUGGGAGACCUGACCAUGGCCGACGGGGUGUCCGAGCCUGAGAAUAUCCUGACCAUCGGCUUCCUCAACGACCAGGUGGAAGAGAGGAAGGAGACGUACGUGAACUCCUUUGACAUCGUACUGGUGAAGGACGAGACGAUGGACGUUCCAAACAGCAUCCUCAGGUACAUUACUUCAUCGAGAGACAACAAAUAAGAAGUGCAGGAAGGAAGUGGACACAACUCAGUUCAAACCAAAUACAUUCACUCCAUUCACUGUGUUGCAAGCUGGACAAUCACUAACCUCAAACAGACCUCAAGACUGGACUUUUUCACCUCUGUGUCCGCAGGAGUGAUUAAUGGUGCAAAUCACACACACUAUACUCUGAAAUCUUUAUUUUUACACUCUGUCUUUAACUUUUGACCUGUAUUUGCUGUAAAUCAAAGCCAUCCUACCACAGUUCAAAGUUUUGAAAAGAUCUAAAUAAGGUCAUCCAGUUGUAAUUUAUUUAAGAAGAAUCUCUCUCAGUUUUUUUUUUUUUCCUCAUUUGUUUGCGGGAAUCCCCAGAACUUCUCGAUGGGAAACAGUAACAGCAGAAUGGCAAUGUGUCAGUUUACCACCACUGAGGGAAGGGAGUAGUUGUACUCCUUUGGCUUCAGUACAAAGUAAACGCCAAGUUAACACCAUCUGCCUCCCCUCUGGAAACAAAUUAGCAACUCAGAGACCUCUUUCAAAUGUGUCAGUACGAGUAGUUACACAGCAUAUUUCUAAUAUAAUUCUCAUUUUUUGUAGUUUUACUGUAUGAGGAUGAGCUGGUUUUUAAAUAUCUUAAACAUUAAGCUCAUGUAUGAAGACAUAAAACACAUUUCGUAUCUUUCAACUCUGCCAGCUCUUCUGCUUCAUACUGAGACUGUUCUGCUGUGUUUUUGUUGUACUGUAUUCUGUUUUCUCUGCAAGUUCUUGAUACUCCAGUCUACAUACUGUACACAUGGAUCAUCACAUACUCGCAGGGUGCAGCUAACUUGGCAGCGAUGCUAUCAGUCUUUAAGCUAUUUUAUUAAAUAUUGAGUGAGUUUUUAUUAACCAUUUUUAAGAUGUGACAGUGAAGACAAACAUGUUGACGCAGAGCGUUUUGUCUUUCAGCUGAAAUAUUAUAGCUGCUAUUAGUAAAAACUUAACAUGUAGCUUGUUGCACUUUACUACAGGUGUUCCUCUCAGUUAUAAAGGCAGAGUUAACAUUUUUGUUAGGAUACUUUAUGGUAAAAAGAGGGAAGUUGUGGUAGAAAUAUUACUAAUAACCCAUGUCUCCAACAGAAAUUUCACAUACAUUGCAUGGGAUUCUAAGAAAAAUGUGAACUAACCCUUUAAUUAACAUUUUAACAGUCUGUAGGCCAAUAAUAAUUUCUUGCAACACAGUCUUAAGACAGUAAGGCUGUCACUAGUGGAUAGAUGACCUUGUCUUUUAAAUUCCUUCUAUUAGAGACGCAUCAAUAUUAAUAAUACUAAUAUUCUCACCAAUAUCAACAUUUUUCUACUAACGUCUUACUUAUCGUCGUACAUAUGCAGGUGCACGACAGGUUAAGCUUUUCAGUACUUUCUACAUUAAGUAAAUAUAUUUGUUUUUAGUCUGUUACUAAUUUCCAGUACUGAUAUUUCAGUUUUAAAGACUCAGCUGCUAACAUACAAGUUGUAGAAAACGGAAACAUUUUAUUUUUCUUACAAACAUUUUAAUUAAAUGUGACUUUCAGGGACAAAUGAAGGUGCUUGUUUGGUUUUCUGAAAUACAAAUUGUAAACACAAACAAUCAUACAACACAAAAGUACACAAAAAGAUCUUUUGCACUAUUUUCUUGUCAUUUCAAAAGACUGUCCAACACGUUAUAGAAAAUAUUAAACAACGCUGUGCAGGAAAA